CGCAAUCUAGCCUGAUAAUGUAGUUAUCUUAACCAAGCGAUACAGUGUAAUAGCUCACGGAGGCAAGCGGCAGUCGCUAAUAUUGUGCAGUGGUCGAUCUGAAGAGGGGCUGUACUCUCAGAAGUCGGAAUCACGUAGGUGUUGUAUUCGAAUCAUCGCAACACACCUGAUAGCAGUUUCCAGGGAACAACUGACAUAGAUAAUAAAAUACAUUAUAAGAGACUAUUCGGAGAGGAAUAAUACGUCAAUUUCCAAUCACUUUCACAAGAGAUCAGGUCGGUUGGACAGUGCAGGCUCACUUGUGUCCUCCUGCCACUUACCACCAUGGAGCGAUUAAUCGUAGUCCUGAUGAUAUGUGGCGCCACCUAUUCAGCUCCCGCCCCCGCACUUCAGGAACAAGUGAAAGUUGAUAAGAGAGCCAUGGAAGAAAUUGUGUACGGGAAUCAUCAAAAUAGCGAACGUCUCAAGAAAUCAGUGCUAGACACACGACCACAGGAGCAGGUCCUUGAACAGGCUGUUCAAUCUGAAGAGGACCUGGAUGAGCCAUUCGAGCAAGCGCCAGUGGACCCUAGCCAGGUUGACUCAAAAGCUAAGAUGACAGUUUCAUCCGGAGCUUUGGACAAAUCUGACCAAUCAGAUGUCAUAGAACAAUCAAAUUCGUUUUUGGACUCAGCUGAGAAUGAGGUUGAAAACAAUGACGCUCCUAACGAAAAGGGAGAGCAACUCAAUAAAGAAGUCAUUGACCUAAUGACAACACAGCCUGAAAGACAGGAAACAGACACUGCUGAGUCAGAACUGGCUAAUCUUGAGGACAAUAACGAAUACAUCCAAACAGAUGAAUCCAGCGCUAGAGCUGAAUCAGACUAUGACUCGGAAGAACAAAGUCUGGCACGCCUACUAAAUGACGAGGAUCAAUUAUUGGGGCUAUCUAAGGAGGGUGAGUCCAGCAAUGAUGACAGUGAGUUCGCGGAGGAUGACGAGGAUGGAUCCGGUGAAGUGGAUAGCGCUGAAAAUGAAGCUGACAGUUCAUUUGAAAAAGACCCAGACUAUUUCUACAACGAUCUUGCUUACUUGAAGAAACUCUAUGAUGAGUUCGAGCCAACACAAUACGAGUAUCCUGAUUAUUUUUACUACCCAUACAAAAGAAAAAGGAGGGACACAAAAAGUUCAAGUAAACGAAGCCGAGUUAAACGUGAUCUCUUCUUUCCUGACGAAUACAAGCCGAUCCGUGGAAAUCAUUUGAACAAUGGUGGAAAAUCAGUAUAUCCCGGCUGGUCACGUGAAGCCCUCGAGGAACUUAUGAACUCAGAGAGACCAGAGGCGCCACCUAUGUUUGGUCGGGAGAUGGAGCCUGGAUAUAUGAGUGAAGUAGAGAAAGCAGCAGAGGAAGCUAAAGACCGCCUUGAGGUCCUUGAAUGGCUUUACGGAGAUGGUUACAAAACAAAUGCAUACAGUCCACAGGAAGAUUCAUAUGAGUACGAAGAUGAAUACACGCCUUAUGGAAAUGAUGGCUGGAUUGAAGAACCAGUUGAAGACGAAAUGCCAGACUAUGAAAACAUCAUCUACAAUGGUGAACCAGGAAUUUUCGUUCCACUCAAAAGAAGCUCCCCAGUGUUUUCUAGUAGCAUACCAUUCCGAAAACGUGGCUUCUAUCCAGCAGAAGAAGAGCCAUUGGCACGAUGGCAGGGUUUGGUGUUAGGCCCCAAGUCGAGAAGGGCUUACAAAAGUGCGUAUGAUCGAGUCUAUGAGCUGGCACAGGCGCUUGAUAGAAAGAGAGGAUUGCCAUCAUUGGAAUCUCAAGAGAAUAAGAAAUAGACACCCAUCCCAAUUUGACGUUUAUAAAAGGAAGCUUUGACAGUACAAUCAAACUGAUUUGACCCAUUGGGUCACACGCCUAAGACAUCAGUCAACCAUGUCUAGAAAACUGGAGAGUUACAGCAACAUAAGAGACGCCUAAUUGAAUUGCUUGAUCUUAUAAAGUAUGAACAUUCCAAUUUUAGAAUGACUUACACGCAUAAUUUAAGAGGACUACUUAAUUAUAUACAUUCAGGUUUGGAUCAAACGCUUCAUCAAUUAAUCGGGGCAUAUCGAUAUUGUACCUCAGAAAUGACAUUCAACAUUUUGUGUACCUGGUAUACUCAAACUCAUGACCUUUUAUGUUUGUUGAAAGAUAAAGUUCAAUAAUGGCUGAUUGAUCAAUAUUGUGAGAACUUAUUGCUCUUUUUGUUCAAUAUUAAUUAUUCCCCUUUGUAGGAGUAUCCUCAAAUGUACAGACGAGAUUGAUGAAAUUAAUUAACUUUAAAGUUGUAAAUAUAAUGAAUUACCUUGCAAAUAAUAAAUUUAUGUAUUUUUAAUAAGAUUUCUAGUAUAUACUUUUACUCGCUUAUUAGCUACCUACAAAUACUAAAGAUACUAAUCAUGAAAGAAACCCGAUCUCUCUAUUAUCCACUCAUAUAACAUGAUUAGAAAAGAAAUCAUCGAAAGCAGUAGAAAUG